AUGAAUCUUGGGUGCUUGGACUUGGGAUGCAUCUCUGUGUUAGACAAGCACAGCAGCGACACUGCUCUUGACUCUGGUAUAAACGAAUGUCAUUCGAAUGAGAAGUUUUCUUCUGGUUCUAAGCCUGGAAAGAAUAAAUCGCCAAAAGGGACUUGCCAAUCAGCAUUGACUGCUGUAAACAAAUUUAAAUCCCAAAUUAAGAAGCCUUCUCACCGUAAGAAUUCUCCCACCAACUGGUUCCCGCGAAAGAAGGGGGACUCCUACUUGCAGAGGAAAAUCAAAAUGCUGCAGGAAUUGGAUGGAAUGAAUAUGACUCUUGAUGAAGCGCUUGGUGAUUCAAAUCCACAUUAUUCAAGAGUACUGAGGGAGAAAAUUGCAGCAAGAGAGGCUGCAGACAAAGCAGUGGAGGCUCGAAAAGCUGCACUGGUGGAAGCAUCUUGGUGUAGGAUACUUAAAGCAGCCAGGAUCCAAAGCAAAGAAGCAGAAGAGCUGCUGCUUAAAGCAGAAAAAACUGCAGCCGAAGCUUUUGAAGCGGCAAAAGUUAUGGAAGUAAUCAUGUUUGAUAUACCAAAUAGUCAGAUCCCCUGUCAAGUUCAAACAUGUACUGUUAAUGGAGGGGGAUCUUCUGCUCAUACGGUCACAGCAUCUUUUGCAACUGUAUUUGAGGUCGAUAAACAAGUAGCUGCAGCAGUCAAAACUGCAUUUACCAGACUUGCAAACUGUCCUACUUUUAACAAAGAAGAGUUCAAAGAUCUGCUGCGAAAAAUCAGUCAGAAUCCUGAUAUGGAUGAUAGUAAUUCUGAAUUCUCCGAGUGUGAAUCAGAGUCUAGGUCAGAAUUUGAACUGAUAUCUCGAGACAUGGAUUGUAAGUUGCCCAGUCCCGGGACAAAACUAGGGAAAUAUAAGAGGAGACAGUCUUUGGACAAGUUGAAUAUGAACAAGCUUGUGGAUGUGAUGCUUGAGAGGCUUAGAUAUUUGAAUGAAGAUGAACUUUCUUCAUUGGCAACUAUUGUUGCUACAUGUGGUUUAAAUGCUGCCUUAGCAGAAGUAGAAAACAGUAAGGUGCAUGAUCCAGGCUCUGCUGCUGAUACCUUGAGUCAAGCUCUUAACCGUCCUCAAAGAAUGUCUUCUGUUGGUUCAGGAAGAAUGAAAAAGAACGAGGUUCAUUUGGAAGUCCCAAGUCUAGACAAGUUCUUGGUCAAGCACAUGUCAAAACUUGAAAGAGAGGUGCAAGAAGCUAAGGAUAGGAGGAGGAAUGAGCUCAAGGAUGGGAAUCGAGAGAACACAGAAAAAAUUGGUGAUGGUAAGAAGACUUCAUCAGAGAGUAUUCCUGAUCUCGGAAGUAUUCUUGUGAAGCAUUCCUCAAAUUUAGAGAAAGAGAUUGAAGAGGCAAAGAAGAAAUCGAGAAAAAGUUUCGAAAUUAUUUCAAAGAAACCAGUCAGUGACUUCACUAAAUCCGAGGGCAUUUCUGACCUGGGAAGUAUAUUAAUUAAGCAUCAGUCAAAGCUUGAAAAGGAAGUUCUAGAGACAAGAAAAAACUCAGGAAGAACAUUUGACAUGGAUGGCAAGGAACUUGGAAGAGCACCAAAUGGUCAAAGAAAAGAUGUUCCAGAAGUUCCAAGCCUGGAUAAAUUUCUUGUAAAACAUGUAUCAAGACUAGAAAAAGAGGUUCACGAAGCAAAGAACAUGAAGAAAAAUGAAAUAGUUGAAGAAGGCAGACUAGAGAAGGAAAAUGCGGACUUGAAUAAAGAAGAAGAUAGACUGGAAAAGCAGAAAACACGAGCAUUGCCAUUGGACAGAGUUCUGGUCAAGCAUGUCUCUAGACUAGAGAACGAGAAAAUUGCAUCGAGUCUAAACCGAGAAGAGAUGAAUGUGAAACGAAGUGGCAGAAGAGCGCAUUUGCAGGCGAAUGAAGAUGGUGGUCUGGACCAAAUUUUGGUUAAACACAAAUCAAGGCUUGAAAGAGAGAAGAUGGCUUCUGCUCAGCAAUCUGGAGAAGUGCCAUCUAGACUUUCCGUAUCUCGUAGAGAAGCAAGGGAGAGAGAGUUGCAAGAAGCAUGGGGAGGCUUAAGUUUAGGAAACUCCAUCCGCCCACAUCUUUCCAAACUUGAAAGGGAAAAGGCAAGUUCUCAAAAAUUUUUGAGCUUUUACCUUUCCUGGGGUUUGUUUUUUGCAGUCUUGUUGAACUUUUUCAUGUUGGUUCUUCCUUAUUUCAGGCGGCUUGGAUUAAAGCUGAAGAGGAGGCAAGAAGGCGAGUGGCGGAGGAAGUGUAAAUUCUUUCAGCCAUAUCCCAAUGCUUGUUGGCAGAUUCUCUCUUGA